AUGUCUAGGGUCUUGGUGCUUCGCGCCAAUAGUCAAACUGUGACUGACGUCUUAGAGAAAGCUGAGGUCUUGAAUAAGAAGUCUGGUCCAUUCGACUGUGCCAUCAUUCUUGGUCAUUUAUUUGAAUCGACCGAAGCUGUUCCUUGUCCACAAUUCCCGACAUUUUUCACCAAUGGGCCCAAGAUUCUGCUUGAGAAUCCCGGUACCAGCUCGUUAAAUCACAACCUAACGCUUUUAAAUGGUUAUGGCGUUCUUCAAACUUCCAAUGGGCUGAGAAUUGCCUACCUGACCGGUGACAGGGACUAUCUAGCAAGAAAUCAAGAAGAAAUACGAACGCUCUUCCAGAGUGCGGCAGCGAAAGAGGUGGAUAUUCUGAUUGCUGAUGGCUGGAGUAAAGGCCUGUACUUGAGUGGAAACGAGAGUUUGGGAGAGGAUAAACUGGAGGAUGAGGCAGUCAAACUGCUGAAACCAAAAUAUCAUUUUGCGACCUUAGCCAAGAACAAGUUUCAGGAAACAAGCCCCUUUAGAUGGAAAGAUUCCGAAAAUAUUACUAGAUGUCUCAAUAUCGCAGAGUACAACUCAGGUGCCAAAUGGGCUUAUGCAUUCAAUAUUGAAUUUACACCAGUGGAUAACAGUGCUGCACCUAAUUCCUUUGUUAACAAUCCCUAUGAGGUUAAAGUAUCUUCCAAGCGUGCACUAGACUCUGAAACUACAUCAGUACACGCAGUACUGAAAAAGCCGAAGCAGAUUUUACCACAAGAAUGCAGAUUUUGUCUGAGCAAUCCUGCUGUCCAGGAUCAUUUGAUAAUUCAUGUAAGUGAUCAUGCUUAUUUGACCAUAGCCAAGGGUCCAUUGACCGUUCCUACCGCCCAAAUGAAUUUUCCAGGGCAUUGCUUGCUUGUUUCCAUCAAACACAUCCCAAAGCUAAAAGCAUCAGAAGAUCCUCCUGAUGACGUUUUCGAUACUCCGCUGUUCAAAGAAAUCGAAAGGUAUGAGACUAACAUCAGUGCGAUGAACUACAAAAAGUUUGGAAUGUCAACGGUCGCCUUCGCAAUAAAUUCCCAGAGAUCAAUCCACUACCACAUUCAGAUAUUUCCCGUUCCGACUUAUCUGAUUGGGAAGUUCGAGUCUGCUCUUGGAAGGCAAGUUCACUUCAACAAUACGAAAUACAGCCAUAAUGCCAAAAUAGAGUUUACAACUUUUACUGACUUGAAUGACCCUACUUAUAGAUCUAUUGUGAACGCUGCGGAUAGCAAUUACCUACAGUUCAUGGUUUUCGACAAAGGACCAGAAUCGCCCAAAACGUUUGUUGCAACCUUCAAUCCAGAAGAAAGAAUUGAUUUACAAUUCGGUAGGCGUGUGCUUGCAUUUGUUCUUAAUCUGCCGAAGAGAGCAAAGUGGGACUCGCCAGCUUGUAGCCAGUCUGUAGAGGAGGAAAUUGGCGACGUUAGAGCAUUUCAGACACAUUUCAAAGGUUUCGAACCCUGA